ACUCGACACGAGGUGAGAAAGUGAAGCCUACUUAGGGGAAGAGAAUAAACUAUAGGACGGGAGAGAGAAGGGACCACCCUGUGGUAGCGAGGAAGUGUUUGGGGAGACAGGGAGUGGAGUGGAAGUAAGAGGGGAAUAAAGAAGCAUUCAGGAGCAUCACCUCGACGGAUUUUAUUCCCACCGGAAUCCCCGGCAGAUUCCCACAAGUGGCGACUGUGGAUGGGAUCCGAAACGGUAACGGUAAGAAUAGUUUCAACACCUUUCGAGUGGUGCAAGGACGGAAAGCAAACAACGAAGGUCGGGGUGAAGCAGCACACAUUUUCGGAAGGGAGAAGCCCAAGCAAAAAAAAAACCAGAAACAGGAGCUUCGAGCUCGGGGAAUUGAGCCACGAGCUCGGGGGGGAAUUGAGCUUCGAGCUCGGGGAAAUUGAGCCACGAGCUCGGGGAAUUGAGCUUCGAGCUCGGGAUAUUGAGCUUCGAGCUCGGGAAUAAUGAGCUUCGAGCUCGGGAUAUUGAGCUUCGAGCUCGGGAAUAAUGAGCUUCGAGCUCGGGAUAUUGAGCUUCGAGCUCGGGAAUAAUGAGCUUCGAGCUCGGGAUAUUGAGCUUCGAGCUCGGGAAUAUGGAGCUUCGAGCUCGGGAUAUUGAGCUUCGAGCUCGGGACAUUGAGCUUCGAGCUCGGGAAUAUUGAGCUUCGAGCUCGGGACAUUGAGCUUCGAGCUCGGGACAUUGAGCUGCGAGCUUGAAAUGGAGCUUCGAGCUCAGAACCCAACCGGGAAUUCUACAACAAAUUUUAACAACGGCAGUUGAUAAACUCGGGGGCAAUAACUCAAAUAAUAAUCUUAAUUUCCCGUCUCACACAGACAACAAUCGGCGCUCUACCAGGACGAAACAAGACAGCUUAUCUACCAGCCCAGAGUUGCUAAAGCAACCAGAACCCCCACUAUGGAGAAGUUCGACAUUCCGGCAUUCCGGUUCAAGCAGAUGCCCCCGAACGAGGUUCGCGAUGAGUGGGCUCGGUAUAAAAGACAGUUUCAGUUCCUGGCCAAUGCCAACUCCGUAACAAACAAGACCAAAUUGAAGAAUAUUUUCCUCGCUCGGGCUGGAGUUGACGUGCAGGAUGUAUUCAGUACCAUGCCCGACGCAGACGUCGAAGAACGCGCGGGGGUCGACCCGUUCAAAGUUGCUAUCGAUCACCUGGACUCGUAUUUCGCGCCGAAACAUCACGAUGCAUACCAACGAUUUCUAUUCUGGUCCAUGCAGCCGAAGGACAGCGAUGAGACUUUGGACAAAUUCUUGUUGCGCGCGUCAGACAUGGCCAACAAGUGCAACUUCGGGGCCACCGCACAAGAAGCAAAAGAAAUCAGCGUGAUCGACAAGGCCAUCCAGCUAGCGCCACCAGACCUUCGUGAAAAACUCCUCCAAAAGGAAGUCCUGACAAUGGACGACGUGUCCAAAACCAUCAGUGCACACCAAGCGAUCAAGUUCCAAGUCGGUCAGAUGUCUAACAACGGAGAACAGCCCAAACCGUUCCGCGAAGUGAACGCAGUCCGGAAUGAGGCUUACGGGCGGACUGUCUGCGGCAGAUGCGGAAAUUACGACCACAGCUACUCGGACUUUUCGUGUCCAGCGAGACCGUACCCGUGCGGCGCUUGUGGCAAGCGCGGACAUUUUGCCAAGAUGUGUCGCACACAAAAGCGGCACAACUUCCGCAACUCCCGCGAGCAGACAUCGGACCAACGUAAGCGUAAAUUUAACGAGCAGACAUCAACACAGCGUAAGCGACCAAGGACCGAAUACGUACGGAAGUUGGACACCCGAUCGGAUGAAGGUAAAUGUACAGAUUUCAUCUUUACGGUUGGCGAUGGCGAAGAGUUCCUCUGGGUGUCGCUGGGAGGUGUCAUGGUGCAAAUGCUAAUCGACUCCGGAAGCCAAAAGAACAUCAUCGAUGAUACUACCUGGGACAAGUUGAGGAACCAGGGAGUCGCGGUCUCCGACGCUCGAACGAAAUCGCACGUGAACUUCCGGGCUUAUGGUCACACAGAACCACUUACGGUUAAGCUGGUGUUCGACGCGACAAUCGGAGUAGAGGACAAAGAGCAUAGAACCAGCACCAAAGCGACCUUCUACGUGAUUGCCGGCGGGCAGCAGCCGCUACUGGGGCGCACCACCGCCAAAGAGCUUGGUGUGUUAGCGUUGGGUUUGCCCAGUACUCAAGUCCCGGACGUCUACCGACUCCAAUGCGAGCAGAAACGACAAUUCCCGAAGAUGAAAGGAAUCAAAGUGAACAUCGAAAUCGAUCCCACUGUAACACCUGUCGCACAACACGCUCGCCGGCCGCCGCUGGCCCUGCCUAACAAGAUCGAAGAUAAGCUCGACUCUUUGUUAGCGUCAGACAUCAUCGAGCAAGUACGCGAGUACAGCCCGUGGGUUUCGCCCCUCGUCGCAGUCGUCAAGGACAACGGUGAAAUACGGCUCUGCGUGGAUAUGAGAAGGGCAAACCUCGCCAUCAAGCGGGAAACACACCUGAUGCCGACGUUCGAGGAUUUCCUGCCACGGCUCAAAGAGGCUCGCGUGUUCAGCCGGUUGGAUGUGAAGGACGCCUUCCAUCAGGUGGAGCUCGAUGAAUCGUGCCGGCACAUAACGACGUUUAUAUCACACAAAGGGAUGUUCCGUUACAAGCGCUUGAUGUUCGGCAUCUGCAACGCCUCCGAAUGCUACCAGAAAAUCAUCGAGCAAAUCCUGGCAGGCUGCCCCAACGCGGUAAACUAUAUCGACGAUAUACUAGUCUUCGGCCGGGACGAGCAGGAGCACGACGCGGCGUUGGCCAAGGUCAUGAGCAUCAUCAAAGAAAAGAACAUCCUCCUCAACCACCUUAAGUGCGUAUUCAAGGUCACCGAAAUCAGUUUUCUCGGACACCACAUCUCAGGAAAGGGAAUCAGGCCAGCAGAAGAUAAAAUCAGCUCUCUCAGAGCGUUCCGUGCACCAAAAACUGCUGAAGAGCUUCGGAGUUUUCUUGGUUUGGUGACGUACAUCGGAAGGUUCCUCCCGGAUCUGGCAACAGCAACGGCACCACUGAGGCAUUUGACGCACAAAGGAGUACAAUUUCUCUGGGAGCAAGAACAGGGAGAAGCGUUUCGAAAUCUCAAGAGCAUGAUCUGCAAUCUGGAAACGUUGAGAUAUUUCGACAACACACUCCGCACGCGCGUGAUCGCAGAUGCUUCCCCUGUAGGUCUGGGCGCAGUGCUUGUGCAGUUCGCGGAUCGCAGGAACGAUUCAGAGGUCCGGAUCAUCGGGUACGCCAGCAAAAGCUUGAGCCCCACGGAGAGACGAUAUUGCCAGACGGAAAAAGAAGCUCUUGCGCUGGUCUGGGCGGUCGAACGAUUCUCGGUUUACUUGUUGGGCCGACAUUUCGAACUGGAGACGGACCACAAACCCUUGGAACUGAUAUUUUCUCCAAGCUCAAACCCCUGUCCGCGGAUCGAAAGGUGGGUGCUACGUUUGCAAGCCUACCGGUUCACAGUCCAGUACAGGAAGGGCAGCAGCAACAUAGCGGACCCGUUCUCGAGGCUUUGCAACGUAGAAGGUGGAGACGAUUUCGACCCGGACAGUAAGUUCCUUGUUUUGGUCAUCCAAGAAUCCGCCGCCAUUGACACGUGCGAACUGGAGGAGAUCUCACAAAACGACACGGAACUGUCGGCGGUCCGCGAGUGUAUCCGGAACGGCAACUGGAACCAACCGGAAGCGAGGGCGUACGAAAGGUUCCAGGGGGAACUCGGUUUUGUCGGAGACGCCCUGCUGGUUCGUGGAACUAAGCUGGUAAUACCGCGGGCGUUGCGCAGCAAGAUGCUUGCCCUAGGGCACGAAGGACAUCCGGGCGAGACCGUGAUGAAGAAGCGCCUGAGAGACCGCGUCUGGUGGCCUGGAAUGGACAAGGACGUCGUGAAAUACGUAACGAGCUGCGAGGGCUGCAGAUUGGUAGGUCUGCCGUCCAAACCAGAGCCAAUGUGUCGUCGAGAAAUGCCUGCCAGGCCGUGGAUCGAUGUCGCCAUCGAAAUUUCUAGGCCCUCUCCCAUCUGGUGA